CCAGUUUCAUUCGAGCAAGGGCGGGCGGCAGUGCCCAGCCAGUCGGCCCGUGGGGCGGUCCCCCCGCUCUCCCCAGUCAUGUCGGGGGUCACGGAGGAGGAGGAAUACACCAAGCUGGUGAUGGAAUCGCAGCCCGAGUGGCUGCGGAGUGAGGUCAAGCGGCUCUUCCACGAACUAAGCGAGACCACCCGCGAGAAGAUUCAGGCGGCCGAGUAUGGGCUGGCGGUGCUGGAGGAGAAACAGCAGCUCAAACAGCAGUAUGAGGAACUGGAGCUUGAAUAUGAGACCAUCCGUGGCGAGAUGGAGCAACUCAAGGAGGCAUUCGGACAAGCCCACACUAACCAUAAGAAAGUUGCUGCUGAUGGAGAGAGCCGUGAAGAAACCCUAAUUCAGGAGUCUGCCACUAAGGAGGAGUACUAUGUGAAGAAGGUCUUGGAACUGCAGACCGAGCUGAAGCAGUUGAGAAACGUCCUUGCCAACACCCAGUCAGAGAAUGAACGCCUCAACUCUGUGGCACAGGAGCUGAAGGAGAUCAAUCAGAAUGUUGAGAUCCAGAGGGCCCGCCUGCGAGAUGAUAUCAAGGAAUAUAAAUUUCGCGAAGCUCGUUUGCUGCAAGACUACACUGAACUUGAGGAGGAGAACAUCUGUCUCCAGAAACAAGUUUCAGUCCUGAAGCAGAAUCAAGUGGAAUUUGAAGGUCUCAAACAUGAAAUCAAAAGGCUCGAGGAAGAAACAGAGUAUCUCAAUAGCCAGCUGGAAGAUGCAAUCCGGCUGAAGGAGAUUUCAGAGCGGCAGCUGGAGGAGGCCUUGGAGACUUUGAAGACGGAGCGGGAGCAGAAGAACAACCUCCGGAAGGAACUGUCUCAUUACAUGAACAUCAAUGACUCCAUGUACACUAGCCACCUGAACAUUUCCUUGGAUGGGUUGAAGUUCAGUGAUGAAACCACUGAGCCCAAUAACGAUGACGUCAUGAUGAAUGGCUUUGAACAGAGCUGCUUGAGCAAGAUGAACAGUGAUAACAGAAUGUCAACCCCCAAGAAGGAUGACAGCUUCCCUCCAGCACCAAGUCUGGUCUCGGACCUUCUAAGCGAACUCAACAUCUCUGAGAUCCAGAAACUGAAACAGCAACUUAUGCAGGUGGAAAGAGAAAAGGUGAAUUUGUUGUCCACACUCCAGGAGUCCCAGAAACAACUAGAGAAUACUCGGGGAGCUCUCUCUGAGCAGCAUGAGAAAAUCAGCCGGCUCACUGAAAAUCUGAAUGCCCUGAAGAAGCUCCACGUCAGCAAGGAACGCCAGUCAGCUCUGGACAACGAGAAAGAACGUGACAGCCAUGAGGACGGGGAUUACUAUGAGGUGGAUAUCAAUGGCCCAGAGAUCCUGGAGUGCAAGUAUAAGGUGGCAGUGGCAGAGAUCAGUGAUCUGAAGGAUGAGCUGAAAGCCCUGAAGAGCAAAUGCGAAGAGUGUGAGUCAAAAUAUGAGGCGGAGAAGGGCAGAUAUGAGACCGACAGCCGGGUCCUGACUGAAAAGAUUGCCCUACUGGAAAAAUCAAGCAGGCAGGACCGAGAUCACGUCACCAGGCUGGAGAAGGAGCUGAAGAAAGUUAGCGACGUGGCUGGAGAAACACAAGGCAGCCUCAGUGUGGCCCAGGAUGAGCUUGUGACCUUCAGCGAGGAGCUGGCCAACCUGUACCACCAUGUCUGCAUGUGCAACAACGAGACCCCCAACAGGGUGAUGCUAGAUUACUACAAAGAGGGCAAAGGUGGUGGACGCAGCAGUCCUGAGGGCAAAGGCAGGAGGUCACCCAUCUUGCUGUCAAAGGGACUGUUGGCAAUUGACCUGGGCAAAUCCGAGAGCGGGAGUGGGGAGAGUACCCCUUCCCCAGUGUCCUCCCUCCCAUCUCCCAUAUCAGAUCCUCGGAAAGAGCCCAUGAACAUCUACAACCUGAUUGCCAUCAUCAGGGAUCAAAUCAAACAUCUUCAGGCGGCGGUGGACAGAACAACGGAGCUUUCUCGGCAGAGGGUGGCGAGCCAGGAACUGGGUCCUGUGGUGGAUAAAGACAAGGAGGCUCUGAUGGAGGAGAUUCUGAAACUGAAGUCUCUGCUCAGCACCAAGCGAGAACAGAUAGCAACUCUGAGGACGGUUCUGAAGGCCAACAAGCAGACUGCUGAAGUAGCCCUGGCCAACUUGAAGAGCAAAUAUGAAAAUGAGAAAGCAAUGGUAACGGAGACAAUGAUGAAACUGCGCAAUGAGCUGAAGGCAUUAAAGGAAGAUGCUGCUACCUUCUCUUCCUUAAGAGCCAUGUUUGCCACAAGAUGCGACGAGUAUGUCACACAGCUGGACGAAAUGCAGCGCCAGCUUGCAGCCGCCGAAGAUGAAAAGAAGACCCUAAACAGCUUGCUGCGAAUGGCCAUCCAGCAGAAACUGGCUCUGACCCAGCGCCUGGAGCAUCUGGAGCUCGACCAUGAGCAGUCGAAAAGGGUGCGCACAAAAUCAGCCUCCAAAGCCAAGACCAGUACCCCUAGUGUAAGUCACAUCCGGUCCUGUGCAGACAGGUCAGAGGGGGUUGUGCUUAACAACCAGGUGUUUUGCACUGAGAAGUAUAAGAUCUAUUGCGACUAGGGAAGCCUAUAAGAAAAUUGCAUCUAAUUUUUGUCCUGUGACUGUCAGCUUAAAGCCCCACUAUCCAUUAACAUGGCAGUGAGUCGACUUGUGCUAGUAUAUUGUUAAAACCGUGUGAUACAAAUUGUAUUGCAGUGGUCUUAACUGGAACUCAAUUCAUAUGUAAAGGGAAUGGUAUUAGCAUGUUAAGAGUGAAAGGGAGUUGACUGCUUCCUCGAUGAACAUGUGUGGCUUUAUGUUGAUGAGUAAAUGUUGAAAGAAGAAAAUAUAUACCUGAUUAUAUACUACAUUUGGUGUUACUAACUAGUCAGUAGAGCACAAAUGCGAUCCUCGCUUCCCCAGUCCCUCAGGAUUACAGCGUAAGUCAAAUUAAAUUCUGCCUUGUCAAGUAAGAAGGCUAGCCUACAACCACUUAUUACUAUGUCAGAGAAGUGUUGAAAGACGAUACUUAAGAUGCGUGACAUAAAAUGUUAAGUAUUUUUAGAACAGGCAUCAAAAUGCUAUUUGCUUGUUCGUGGCCAUUUACCUACAAGUGGCAGCCAUUUCACCACUGACCAAAGUCCCAAAGCUCUGAAGGCAGGAAGAGAGUCAAACCAAACUGCUUCCUCCUCAACUUCUGUGUGCAGAAAGGAUUUUAAAUGAAAAAACUUGCACAUUCAUUUUGUAUAUUAUAAACAAUAUGCAAUAUUACCCCCACUGGAAUACAGUAAAAAUUUGGUUCUAAAUUGAGAUGCAGUUUUCACCUUAAGUGAUUUAGACUAUGAAAAAGUAUUUUGAAAUGAUCAUGAUGAUCUCAUAUAGUUUAUUGCAGCAUAUUAUUCGGGCAAAAAGUGUAGUUGUUUCUCCACACAAUGUAUCUAACUAGAACUCAUAUUUGAGUAUGACUAUAUGCUUAGUAUUAUUAAAAUCACAAUGCAAUUUCUUGCAGUUCUCAGUAUUACUCUAAAUGGAACAAUGUUUUGGGGCUCUGAAAUAAUCUUUUUCAUUUUAAUAAAAAAUUGCAUUUCUUAUGCAAGCACGUAUCACAGGGCUCUACAUUAUAGGUACCUUAAGUUAGACCAAUUGCUAUUGAUGAUUCACAAAAUAGUUUAUCUUAUGUAUUAAUCUAAAAAAAUUACUAUUGGAUUAUCGUGAGGCCUUUUUAGCCAAUUACAAUGUUUGAAAGCAUAAAAAGUGUACUUCAUAACUGGUGCCUAUACAAGUAAAAAAGGAUAUCCCAAUUGAAAUAAUGUUGCUUGGAAAAUUGGUAGAGCACAAUAAGGCACACUUUUCUUUUUUUUCCCUAAAAAAAAGUUUUAAAGUGCCUGGCAUGAAAAACUUUAUUUUAAUGUAUAGCCCUGUACAUUUUAUACUUUUUGGAAAUAAUUUUAUAUGCUUAUAGUGCUAUUAAAAGUAUUGCAGGACUCCAUGGUUUUGUCUGCUAAUAGUGCUGAUGUUUUCUAAAGCCAUUCUAAUAACCCUUGUUCAGUACUCCUCUUCCCCAGUCCCACUUCUUGUUCAUGGUUAGCAGCAUAUGCUUCCUAUGUACGCCCUCUCUGCCUGUAAGUAGUCAAGAGACAUGAUAACGUUCAGGGUAAAAUAGUAUAGCGAAUGGCCUACCUUCUCACAAGAGGCCAUCCCACGUGGUGCUUUGGCUUCUCAAAGAUUUAAAAGCAAAAAAUAAAAGAUUAGUAUCCACUUCUACCAAGUCGUGUCCCAAAGAAAUAAGGGAAAUGAGGAAAGUGAAAAGAAACUAGGAUUUUAAACUGUAACCAGAAUGUUGUAUGGCAUUCCUUUUGAAGGAACUUUGGAAAGUCACAUGGAUUUUCUCCGUCUGGCUCAUCCAAGGGCCAGUGGACAAGAGCAAGUCUAAAAAAAAGUCUCUUCAAAAAAUUUUGGUGAAAAACAGGCCUCAGUGCAUCAAGGAUCCCCUCAGUUAUAAUUGCACUCUCCUGUAUCUGAGCUUUAAUAUUGCUCUCCAGGAGGUUGUGGUAGGGUUUUUUUCGUUUGGUUUUUUUUUGUUUGUUUUUUGUUUUUUGCUUUGUUUUGUUUCUUAAACUUGCUUUAACAUUCUGACUCCUGGUAAUUCUCUUUUUUUGUUGUCUAGCCCCCUGUGAGGCCUUGAUUCUCCCCGAAACUUUGUUGUGGAUAACGAAACUUGCCUUGGAGGGGGAAGGCAUUUUUGCUCCAUUAGAAAUAGCUUACACUAUUGCUUCUACUGUGGUAGGAAGCAGUUAAUACCUGUUCCUGUUGCUUCCCUGUCUCUGUUGGCAAUGUUGGAACAAAACACUAAUGGCAAAAAGUCAAACUUGAGGGACCAAGGUAUCAACAGCUUCUUAAAUUCAGUAGUUUUAAAAAUCGGAAAUUCCGUGUUAUCUGACAGGUGAUUUUUAUCAUCAACAUGAUGACAACACACAGAAUGCUUUUCCCUAAGAAGAUUAAGCUUAGUAAUGAAUUUCUCAUUAUUUUUAGCCUCUGAUUUCUUUAAGAUAGCACCAAAUUGUUCCCUAAGUAGCCAAGCACUUUGAUUCAUUUGGUUUGCAACUUGGUUCAAAGCAGAGUUGUGCAUGACAUGUGACUGUGAAAUACCCAUCCUGUGUGUACUUGUUGCCGAAUAUAAGUGAUAUUACAGGGGCUUGUAAAAUCUCUUUACUUUUAUCUCAAGCAUCUAUUCUGUUUCAGAUCUUAACUCAGAUUUCACUUUCACUUUGGGGGAGUUAAGCAUGAGAAAAAUAAUUAAGCCAUCACCUACCUCUGCAAGCAGGCUCUUCUUUAUUGGAUGAUUGCUGUUUUCUGCAUUGGCCUGCAUGAUCCACUGACCUGCAUGUCUUUGGGGGGUCGUUUUCAGCUUCAUUGGUAAAUUAUCUUUUUUACUCACUGGCUGGGCCUCUAUACACUUGGACAGCACAAGUUUAUCCAGUACUUGUAAGAACUCUUCUUCCAACAACCUGUGACUCUGGGGCACACCUCACCCGCAGCAUUGUUGAUUUUAAGUGCUUGGAAAUCAUAUUCAAGGCCCGAAGACUGCUUCUCUUUACUGAUGCUGGGUUGUUUCACCUCACCGACUAACCUGCUCUGGAGGUCUCUCAGCACACUCUGUAUUAAGUUGUCAAGUCUAUUGUGGAAGAAUACAUUCACAUUUUUCUAAUUUUAUUUCAUUUUUUUUCCCAUUUUUCAGCUGUAGAGUAGUUCCUGGAGAUGGAAUUGACCAACAGUGCACUCUGUUACAUUGCAGCUUCCUUCCUUUACCUGUUGUGGUUGUGGUUUAAAUAGUGGUAGCCGAUUGCACAAAUGAAUGGAAACCACUGACAUUUUCCCAAAUGUCCACCUUUUUUGAUAUGCUACCUGCAAUUGUUUUUGACUAACAUUUCUCAAGUGAUAAACAGAAAAGCUUUACACAUUAAGUGCUACUGCAGGAAGAAAUGUUACAAGUGCUGGAGAAACCUACUUCCAACAGUGAUCGACAUGUUAGUUUCUGACCUAUUAGAAAUAUUCAGACAGGGGGAUUUUUCUUAAUGCAGAUAUGCUUUUUUAAUCUGAUUGUUAAACCUGUGCACUUUUGAUAUUUUGAUAUUUUACAGUAGCUUCCUUGAUUCCUUAUGUAGAGAAGUUAUAUAAGAUGCCGUGGUUUGUGCUAAUAGUAACUUUUCCAUUUUGGGUUUGUACUUGUUGAUUUCUACAUCAGCAUGUUGCAGAGAUCUGUAUUGUUUUGUUUUGCUCCAGACUGUGUUUAGAAGAGAGCUUCAAGACAAGCCGGGGAGCUCUGCUAAACUAUAUAUGUGCUGUGCUUCAGCAGCUUUUUUAAUUAUUAAGAUGUCCUGGUUUAUGUUUUAAAUUACUGAUUUUAACUGCCAUGGUCAUUACAAAAUCCAGGGUGUUCAGAUUCUGGGAUUUUUUUCAUACCGUAUUAUUAUUCUUAGGAAUAGUUCAAUGUAACAAGAAGAAAACUUGACUUUGCUCUGGUUAAAAACAGUAAUAGGCACUUGAAAAAAUGUUGAAUAAGUAGUAGUAUCUAGAAAUUCCAGGAUUUCUAGGUUUUAGGAAAUUGUGAAGCAUGAUUGACUAACAGAAUUUUGUACAACUGUACCAGUGAAAUUCCAAAUUGGAAUUGUUUCGUUACUUCUUUGUUGUGCCAAAUUAUGGUACAUUUAGAAAGAAAAAUUCUAAAGUUGUCAAUUAUCGGGUGUUCUAUUUCAGCGCCUUUUUGUUAUUAAUUGUUGCCAGUAGUGCCUUUAAUCAUUUGAGAGAAUCCUAGAAUAGUUCAGUCUAUUCGGUGAAAAGCAAGGAGCUGGUUUGGACUUUAGCAAAGAUGUGGAGCAAUAAGUGCAAAGAGAACUCCCCCUUUGGCACAUUUUUAAUGAGUAGUCUUAAUAGAGAGUUCUAUAUACAAGGAAUUGUAAAGAAUCCUGUUAGUCAAUGAUACUUCACCAUGCAGAUGCUUGCAAAUUCAGGGGUAUUGAAAACACAAUAACAAAAAAAAAACAAAGAAAACAAUGAAUAAAUACACUUUGGGAACCAAAUGGACUUUUAUUGAAGAAAGAAACACGAUGUAUUAACACAUUUGUGGUUGCAGUUCGGAGGAUGUAUUGGGAUAUUGAUGUUCUGUUAGCUUUGUAUGGUGGUGGACACAGUUUAACCAUAGUAUUGUUUGCAAAUGUGAAAACAAGACAUUAAUAUCUUCUCUUGCAUGUUGUAUCUAAUCGUUGUAAUUUCAGGAAACAGAAACAGAAGUGCAUCAACAAACUGGAAAUGUUUGUUGAGGCUAGUGUGAACGAUUAAAUUGGUACUUCUGAAAAUAUUUUUUCCCAAAAAAGUACAAAUUGUAAUAAUAUAAGUGAGAAAGGUGAAAGAGUUCUGUUUGCUGGAAUAAGCAUUAUUAUUCCUAGAUGUGGGGACUUUUAUAUUUUCCUCUUCUGUUGCAGUAUUGAUUCAUAAGAAAUAUUGUUACAUUUAAAAAUUACUUCAUUUGUAUGUGGGUAUUUAUUUGAAAUGAUGUCAAAGUACUGUAUUAUGUUUUAUGUGCAUUAUCUUUAGUGGCGGAUUGGUCUUUACUUUAAUGUCAUAUGCAUGUACUCUUGCCAAGUAACCUUUACGCAGAUAUGAAAAAGCAAAUGUCAUUGUUUAAAACAACACAUGGAAAGACGUAAUGGUGUUAAGUUGGUAAUUUUAGGCAGUGUAGAGAAAUAUGUUGCUUCCAAAUUAAGAAAAAAUGUAGGUAGGAAACAGCCUGCCUGUGUAAAGGUAGUAAUUUUGGCAAUAUCAGUAAUAAAAAAAAAUUAAAAACGCA